UUCCAACCCGAUCCAUCAAAACCGAGACACGAAUUGCAUGAAACACCUGCGCUCUGUAUAUCAAAGCUUUACAUGUACAUAUAAAAGAUUGCUUCCUAUCCUUUUAUGUGUUGAUCAAGAUUUGCUUGUUAUCCCUUUUCUCUGUGGCGAGAGCACGACAAAAGAUAUAUAUAUGAAUAGGCAGCGAUUAGAGAGACAGUGAGGGGCUUCUUUGCAUGGAAAUCUAGGGCAAGGGUGUUGCUUCCGGCUUCCCUUGAAAAAGAGAGAAACCAUGUCUGCCGUAGUCUGUAGGAAGAGAUCCUUUUUCGAAGAGCUUCACUCCCCUUCCCCAUCUCUUUCUUUGAAGAGGCUUCGCUGUUCUGGAGGUUCUACUUCUCUGAUUCUGUUGUCUGUUCCCUCUCCUCCUUCCCCUCCUCCCCCUCCUCCUUUCCCUCUCUCUCAUCUCAUGGAGCUUUUCCCCAGUAUGGAUGAACAGCUUCUUGAGAAAGCUUUACUAGAAUCUGGACAUGAUUUAGAUUCUGCCAUCAGGAGUUUGAAUAACUUAUGCUUGGGAUCUUGCGAGGGGCAAUUGGUUCCCACGGCAACAGAACCUGAUGUGAGCACUGCGGCAAAUACUAAAUUAUCUUCUGAAGGUCUAGUGAAUGGAGACAAUGCCCCAUCAACUAAUGAAGAUACCCCAAGUGUCAUCCCAAAGGAUGGUGCAGCAUGGGUGGAGUUGUUUGUGAGGGAGAUGAUGAAUGCUUCUAACGUGGAUGAUGCAAGAGCUCGUGCUUCAAUGCUCUUGAAAGCAUUAGAAAAAUCUAUUGGGUCACAUGCUGAUGCUGUAGCAGCAGACAACAUUCACAAGGAGAAUUUGUUUCUCAAGGAACAUGUGGAAGUGCUCCUUCAAGAGAACAACAUUCUGAAGCGAGCAGUAACCAUCCAACAUGAACGAAUAAAGGAAUAUGAUGAGAGAUGUAGGGAGAUGGAGCACCUCAAACAGAUUUUGUCACAGUAUCAUGAGCAGGUCCGAAAUCUUGAGAUGAAUAACUACACGCUAAAAAUCUAUCUUCGGCAAGCUCAGCAGAAUAGCUCCAUUCCGGGCCGUUUCCAUCCUGAUGUGUUUUAAUUUGGUGGUUGGUUUAAUGCCUUGAUUGAGCAUCAUGUUACAUUUAAAGUAUUAAAUAAAUAUUAUUUCCAUGUAUCAAUCAGAGCGAAUCUGUUUUAAAAGGUUCUGUAUACUGCAGACGCAUAAAUCAUUGAUGUGAAUUUACAAAAAUGUCAAUUAAGAUUUGACCUGCCA